AAGUAAUGGACUAGAUAGAAGUGUUAAUCUGUGAAUGGGAAAAAAUAAUGAUUUUAUCCCUUAAGCCUCUAUAAAUAGGAUCAAGCAACCAGGUUAAGGCAUCCCAAAUAUUAUCAAUACUAAGCAUAUCAAAUAUUGACAUUCCACGUCCGAAGCGAUAAUAUGGCCUUCAACAAGCUUUCCUUGGUGCUGUUCCUGUUGGCUGUUGUGACUAUCACAACUCAUGCUACCCUUGACUCUUCCUUAGAAUCUGAGAGUGUUUAUCAGUGCGCUGUUGGUCCAACGAAAUGUGCUAGCUGUGAUUGCACAGUUGGAGAGGAUGGGAAGCUGAGUUGCACUCGUACAGACGAGAGAAGAGGCGCUUGCCCAUCAACUUGCGGGAACCCUUGCCUUUGCGACAGAUCAUCGUGCCCAAGGUGUCUCUGCCGAUACAAGGUGGUUGGAUGCCCAAGAAUAUGCCCCACCUCUCCCAACAUGUUCGCUGAUUUUCUUGCUUCCAAGACUGAUUAGUUAGCCUAUAUUUAUAUAUGUAUGCAACGUAACGGUUAUUACACUAUAUCUAUAUAUGUGUAUAUGUUACGUUAAAUAUAUGUAUUAUGUAGUGUAAUGCAGCUCUAUGCGAGUAUGCUAGCUUAACCUAAUUGCCUCAAUCAGUACUAUUAAAGUUGAGGAAUUUCAAUAAAAUGCUAGCUUUUCUAUA